AAAUUUUUACAUGUGAUUUUUUUUUUCACUUUAAUUCGAGAUUCUUUGCAUCAAUUUUUUUUCAACUGGAAAAAAUUAUCCAUCGAUUGUUGGGAUAUUACUCACAUAAAUAUUGAAUUCAAAUUAUAACAUCAUGUUUCGAUCAUUAUGGAAUGGUUUUAGUGUGAUUGGCUCGAAAUUUUUUCUUCCAAAAUGUUCAAGUUUUAAUCAUUUUCCAGAAUCGAAUCUAAAUUUAAUAACAAACAGGUUUGAACUUAUAAAACGUUCAUUAAUGAUCGAAUCUUUUCAUGGUCAGAAAACAACGUCCGUAAACACAGCAUCGAAUCAGGGACAGCAAAAAUUUGUUGAAAUUCAUUCGCAUCCAUUUGUUGGUACACGAGAAGAUUGGGAAGAAGAACGAUUUCUAUUACGUAUUCAUAAAGCUGGACCUAAAGAAAGACAUGUACGACGACAUCCAUUAGAUAAUCGACAACAGAUGCGUGGUGUAGUGUUGAAAACAUUGAUUCGUAAGCCAAAAAAACCAAAUUCAGCUAAUCGUAAAUGUGUACUAUUACGAUUAUCAAAUGGCAAAGAGGUUACAGCAUUUGUACCAGGUGAAGGACAUAAUCUACAAGAACAUAGUGUUGUUUUAGUACAAAAGAAACGGGUUCGUGAUGUUCCUGGUUUGAAAAUUCGUGUCAUUCGUGGUGCAUAUGAUUGUGCUCAUGUUACUAAAAAUAAAUAGAUCAUCAUCUACAAAAAAAAAUAAUGUUGAUGUUUAUAUUUAUUAUUGUUAGCAAUCAAUAGAUGAAUUGUUUAAUGUUUAUUUUGUAAAUAAAAAAAAAUCAUUUAAUUUGAAAA